GUCGACUACAGCAUGACAUAAAAUAGUCGUUCAAAAAGGUCACCCAUGUGGUGGUGUUUUGUGUAUGACAAGCAAGCAACACGUCGUCCGGCCGGUUUCGUAUAUUUUUUAUGUAAUAAAAAGGUGAAAAAUGGGUAAGAUUAAGACGAAAAGACACAAGCUGCACACUCCUGCACGGGCCACAAGUGCAAGGAAAGCUGGUGACGAAUCGACGAAAGCAGACCUGUCCAAAAUCAAGGCAUCACUGAUACCCCCAGGCGCCGAGUUCCCAACACGUGGACUCUUCCACCUUCCAUCCACUUCUCCUGCUGGAUCUCUUCAAACCAAUCUUCCUCAAGAGGCAAGAGAAGAUGAUGAGGAGGAGGACAGGAGGAGUUUCAUCUCCAAGAAGAGCAUCAAAGGGCAAGGGCGUAUCACCAAGAAGGACAAGAUGAAGAUGAGACAUGAUAAGUGGCUGGAAAAGAUUGAGACGAUCCAAUUGGCCAAGAGGAGCGCCAAGGAAGCCAAGAAGCGUUCGGAGAGGCCCAUCAUCGGUGACUUGAAUCCCCUCAAUCAAGCCUUGCCUGAACUGUCUGAGAUCAUAGCACUCAGCCAAAGGAAAACACAAGAAGCUCAGAAGGCUGUGGACAAGAGACAGCACAAAGGGACGCUGAAGGCUAAGGAACGACAACAACUCCUAUUAGAGGAAUCGUCACGAUUCAAGCAAGUCCUGAGACAUUCUGCUUUCAAGACCAACCCUUUCGCGGCCAUUACGCAGCAUCUUAAAAAUAAAAUGGAACAGGAGCAGCAAGACCAGAGACCAGGUUCAUAGCAGAGCUUAAAUUAGGGAGGAAAAUCCACGAGACUACAGGGCAUUUAGCUCAACAUCUUUACUGGACUAGCAAGACUUGAGAAAAGGGCUACACAGUUUCAAAUGUAGACUGUUUCUCUUUGGACAAGCACUAGAGAAGGUUUAUGGGUAUUGUUUUUACUCAGCAGAAUUGAAAAUAUUUACCAGCCUUUAAAGACACUGGACACACUAUUGGUAAUUGUCGAAGACCAGUCUUCUCACUUGCUGUAUCUCAACAU